AUGGCCACCACGACAACAGGGACAGCAGCAGCCACAGCAACAGGAACAACAGCAAUCGCUACAUCACCGCAACCAGCAGACUGGCAGCUUGCCCAUCAACGCGCCCAGCAACGCAUAAGUACCCUCCAGGCAAAUCGUGAGCAGGAGGUCGCCUCUUAUGGGCGCCUAGGUGCUUUAUUCACGACUCGAGGCGGCGAUAUCAAGACUGGUGCUAGGCCAGCCUUUCGGGUAGGACAGUUAGACACUGAGCUCUUAGACGAGGAGCUGUUGGAACUGUUGAAAGGGCAGCUGUGGAAUGGGUUAAAGUAUUUUCGGCCGUCUCUGAAAGAGAAUUGGGAGCCCGAGUUCAUGUUGCUGCUUCGGGCGGCAUUAUUUAAGCUCACGAUUUGGGACCAUAACGCGACGUAUGGCGCCGCCCUCCAGAACCUCGUCUAUACCGAUGCGCGACGAUCAGGGCCCAUUGAUCAUCCGCCCACAGUUCUCCAAAAGUCGGCGUACGGCCUCCUGACCGUUGGUGGGCGAUACUUCUACCAGCGGCUGCACCUCUAUCUCCUAUCCCACUCCAACCCCGAAGACUCUACUCCCCUCACCGAGCGCAUGUCGCGCAUGAUGGAUACCCUCUCAACCGCCCAUUCCACCGUCUCAUUCGUCUCCUUCGCCGCCUUCCUCCUCACAGGCCACUACCGCACCAUCCUCGACCGCGUCCUCCGUAUGCGCCUCGUCUCCCCCUCCCACAUCGUCUCUCGCGAAGUAAGCUUCGAGUACCUCAACCGCCAGCUCGUCUGGCACGCCUUCACGGAAUUCCUCCUCUUCAUCCUCCCCCUCAUCCGCGUCUCCCGCUGGCGCCGCUGGUGGUCCCGCGCCCUCCGGAAGCUCCGAGGCUCCAACGCCGACCCCUCAGCCGCCCAGGGCGAGCUCGCGUUCCUGCCGGAGCGCACAUGCGCUAUCUGCCACAAGGAGACCGACACGUCGGGCGACUUUGGCGCCACGGGCGGAAAAGCGACCGAUGUCGUGAACCCGUACGAGGCCGUCGGCUGCGGACAUAUAUACUGCUAUGUGUGCAUUGCGGGCAAGAUUGAGCUCGAGGAAGGCGACGGGUGGGGCUGCCUCCGGUGCGGUACUAUCAUUAAGCGGUGCCGGCCGUGGCGCGGCGGGUUGAAGGGGCUCACGGGUGUUGGGGAUUGGGGCGAGGAGGUGGCGGAUAGGCGGAAGGUUGGGUUCGACGACGAGGAGGAGGACGAGCUUGAGAGUGAUAGGGAGCUGUACGACGAGACGGACGGCACGGAGCGGGCGGAGGACGAGGAGGAUGAUCUGAGUGAGGCGGGCACGGAGAAGCCGGAUAUGAAUAGGCUGGGGGCGAGCCUGAAGAGGAGGAGUGGCGGCUCGUUGUGGGCGGAGGAGAGCCUCGAUGAGAGUGCGUAUAAUACGGCUGAGGGCGAGGAUGAGGGGAGUGAGGAUGAUGAUAGGAGGGGGAGGUCGUAG